AUGCAUUAUGCGUAAAGUGGCAGACAAUGGUAAAAGUGCAAUGAUAAUUUCUAAUAUUUUAACAUUGCACUUUAAACAUUGCACAUUAGCAGGUAUUAUAAUAUACUAUGUCUUUAAUUAUCGCAAUUAUAUAAAAUUGUUUGUCAGUCAUAAAAAUAUUCUCACAACGAAUAACGUUAUUCCAUAUUUUUAUAACGAUAUAAAAGAUAAAUUUGUAUAUUAAUACUUAUUUACAGGCUUAAAUAAUAAAGUUAGCUCCAAGAGUUAUAUCGAUUAACAUAUUCACAAUUUUCCAUAAAUUUUUUUCAACUACUUUCUGGUACUUUCUUCAUCCGACACUGCGCUCUCUUGUAUAUUUUCGUCAUAUGCUUAUUUUCGAGUUCUAUCUUUGUAAAGUUCAUUGAUUAGAUUUCUUCACAGUAUCUUGAAUUUUUAUUAAAUUUACAGAGAAUAAACCGCUUCGAAUUAGUUUUAUUAUUUAGAUUUGGAUUAGUUUUAAUCUAUUUCCAUUAAAAAUUAGUUUCAGUCUAUAUCUAUUAUUUAAUCUAUUACGAUAAAAUUUUAACGGAAGCGUAUGGUAGUUCGACCAAUGUCGCAUGCUUCUUUCGAACAUAGAUAUUUUUAGACCGCUCCCUCGAGGUGCAACGAGCGACCGUCAGACAAUCUGUUAGACACAAUGCUGACGCUUCGCGCACGUGUCAAACAGCACAAAACUUGCAGACGAAAUGAAAUGUUUUCGUUAUCAUAUCGAUGACUGAUUCACCACUAAAAUAAUUCGGUUAAACAAACGGUGUUCAUAAAUCACACGCGCGAAUAGUUGGCCUGAUUGUUUUCCUUUUCCUUCUUUUUAUUAAAUAAUCAUUAGAAGACUACAUAAUUUUUUUAAUUUAACAGUUAAUUUAAUUAACAGAUAAUUAUAUAAAAAUUAAUUUUUACGUAUCAUUUAGUAUGGUCAUAAUGUAGAUCUAUUCUAAGUAUAAAAUAAGAUUUAUAUAUGUUAUUUGUAAAUGUUUUUCAAGGGAAACGGGGAAAGCGUUUAAACCGGGGAAUGGAAAUCUGGAGGAUUUUAUUUCAGUAGAUGACAUAAAACAAAUUCGAACAACUAAGAGAACAAAAAUUUUGAGUAUAAAAUAUCCACAAUGCAUUCACUCUGAUAUUUAGUAUGUGAAAUGAAUCUCUGCCUAGGUCCUGCGUCUUUUAGUUGUGUUUAAAAAAAUAUGUAUAAAAAUUAUUUAUAAAAAAUUAUUUAUAUACUUAAAUCAACAUCUAAUUGCAGAAUAAAAUAAAAUAUCAAAAUAGACCGCAAAACUGAAAUAAAAUAGCUGAAUGAUUCUACUAUCAUUUAAUAUUGGAGUAAUUUUGAUAUUGAAUGAAACGUCUAAUAAAAUAAAGACGUCAUCAUAGUAAACUGUCAUGUUUAUUUAAAGAAAAUCCAUUGCUUUCGCUUUCUUACUACUACUCUCAUUCAUUAAUUUUAUCCAUUUAUAGAAUCUACGCCCGAGAUACUAUGUAAAUUUGGUGAUAAUUUACAAAGUUAGUCCUAGAACAACUUCCGUUAGCAAUUUGUCAGUAAAUAAUACCUAAUCUAAGAGUUCAAUUGCGGCAUACCGAGAAGGCUUGUAUAAAUUGUAUAUUUAUUCAGAUGGCGGUUAUACCGAUGACCAAAGUUAUAUUUAACGGCAUCGCUGCAUACUGGCGCAAAUGCCAAAACUACUCAGCAUUAUUUACAGUGCAUAAAGCAAACCGUUUAGACACCUCUCAACGUUUGGACAGUUCCUUCCACUUUCUUCUAUCAACGUCCUUGUGCGAUAUCCAGUUUGCAUUAAAAUCAAACAGCAUUAUUAAAGUUAUAGAUUUAGCGAAAUAAAUUAAAUAUUUUUAAUUCUUAUUUAAACUUGUAUUUAAUAAAAUGCUCUGUUUAGUGGAAGUUCCAUUAAAAUUAAUAAUCGAAUAUUAAUUUCUUAAAUUAAAGAAAAUUAUUAACUUGCCAACUUAGUCAAGCAAAUAUUUAAAGCUUUUAAUUCGUAUUUUUACAAAAUUGAUCCAAAAUGGAUUUCACAUCAAUAAUUCUUCUACCAAAAAGGAGAUUGUAAAAAAAUUAUCAAUUGAGAAAUUAUUAUAAAAGUAUUAUUAUAAACGAGGAGAAUGUUUUACUCCAUUAUACGUUUGUUCCAUAGCGCCUGAGAUUGAUGAAAGUGAAGUAACAAUGAAAAGAAAGAAAUUUCUAUUGCUACGACAAGCUUACUUCCGUUACGAAACUGGUAAAUAGCGAAUGAAAGAAGGAUGACAGUCUCGUACCAGUAUCAAGUAGCAAACUCUACCAGAGGUGGAUUCACCAGGCUUCUUUUUAUGUGGAGAGGAUCACUGUAUAAGCUCAUCUAUAGAGAAUUACUCUUAUUCCUGAUACUCUUUGCAGCAAUCUCCACUGUUUACCGUCAUAUACUUAGUAUCAAACUGAAAAGAGAAUUCGAAAAGAUUGUCAUUUAUUGCGAUAAUUUUAUUAAUUUAAUUCCAUUAAGUUUCGUUCUUGGAUUCUACGUGUCUUACGUUGCUCAAAGAUGGUGGCAACAAUAUCAAGCGAUACCUUGGCCUGAUAAGGUAAUGCAUUUAAUUGCUUUGUACGUUACUGGAAACGACGAAUACGCUCGUACGCUUCGAAGAGCUCUGAUGCGCUACUUGAAUCUUUCCCUAAUACUUGUUUUACGUUCGAUCAGUUCAGCGGUGAAAAAACGAUUCCCAACGCUCGAUCACGUCGUUGAUUCUGGUUUUAUGACAGCGUUUGAAUUGGAUUUAUUUUUGGCAGUACCAAGCUUAGAAUUCAACACUUAUUGGAUCCCUUGCACAUGGUUUAUCAACCUUCUAAAAGAAGCGCGUCAUAAUCACAGAAUUCCCGAUCCUCAGGGAUUAAAAUUAAUUAUGGAGGAAUUCAGCGAAUUUCGUACAAAAUGUGGCCUUUUAUGGAGCUACGAUUGGAUAUCAAUUCCGUUAGUUUACACCCAAGUAGUGACAUUAGCGACGUAUAGUUUCUUUGCCGUGGCUUUAAUAGCUCGUCAGUACAUCGAUGGUAAAGAGAAACAAUUCCAGCUGCAGAUUGACAUUUACAUACCUGUUUUUACUCUGCUACAAUUUUUCUUUUUCAUGGGCUUGUUAAAGGUAGCGGAACAAUUAAUUAAUCCUUUUGGCGAUGACGACGAAGAUUUCGAACUGAAUUGGAUAAUUGAUCGUCAUACAAAAGUAUCAUACCUUGGAGUAGAUACCCUUAUGAAUCGUUGUCCACCAUUGGUCAAAGAUAUUUACUAUGACGCCGAAAAUCUAAUUUUACCAUACACUGAAGCAGCGGCUGCUUACAAAAAGAAAACUUAUCGCGGUAGUGUGGCACAUAUGACAGUUCCCGAGGAAAAGCAAACCAUGUUUCUACCAGACGUUAUAGAAGAGGACGAAGAGGACGUAAAACCGUCACAUCACACAUCAACGAUGAGUUUAGCUACUCAUCCUAAUGACAGCCCACCGUGUGAAAGGCGCCAGAUCAACCCGCGCCCUGAAACACCUACGAAAAUUGAUCAAACUUGUCCUGAGACAAUUUUACAGUUUGAUAUUCAGGAACCAUCGGUCCACACCGACCAAAUAGAACAAAAAGCAAAAAAUAUAGCAGACACUAUAAAGAAAUUUUCAUCUUUAGGAAAGUAUUCGUUGCCACGAAUUGAUUCAAACCGAAAGCCAUUUUUCACGCUAACAAAAAGCCCUAAGUUGGUUAUACAACCUUGGCCGAGUACGUCAAGUUUAUCAAUAUCCUCGAGACAAAUCAUAGACACGCCUUCGGUUUACAUGGAUAAUCUAAAUCCAUGGAGAGAUUAUAGUCCAAAAGUUGCACUACCAUACACGUUUGAUGUUAGUGGUUCGGAACAUUCCCCGGAAGAGGAAGGGCAAUACGACUUCGAAAGUGUACAUCAAUCAGACGAUACUGCCAUAAACCCAAGUGACAGUCCUCAUUCAGAUACAUGCCAAUUACAGUGCCAACAUUACGGUACUUCUUAUUUAACGCUGCCAGAAACACCUUUGUCAAUCCCGUCGAAAGCAACGAUGCCGAGAAAUAGAAGCCCCAAGUUUCUUGUAAGAAGACAUAAAUCAAUAGGCACAGGUAGAAAGAAAGAUAUUCAAUGGAAACAGAUCGUGAAAACUACUAAGAAAAAUACACCAAAUGAUAUGCCGAAAACCGAACGAAGCUUAUCUCGUUCGAGGGGCUCGCCAAAAUUAAAAUUAAAAGAAACAUCACCGAAUACAAACAAAGACGAUAUAUCUGAUACAGAUGCAUCGAGCGAAGAAGGAUGAGUCUAAAAAUUGUAAUUACGCAUCUAUGUGAUAACUAUUAAGGAAUAUAAAAUAAUGCAUUAUAUAAAAGUAUUUAUCAGUGUAAAAUGG